AGCACGGAAGCCGUUCCAUGAAGCAUUUUAAUGGUAUAUGUUGUUAAACCCUGCUACCAGCGUAUCGCAGAUCACUAUCGCCUCAAUGACCGUGCCGCUGUCUGAUGGUGCGUCGAUCCGUCCAGGUUCAAUUCACUCACGAUGCCACACGGAUUACCAGAAAAUUAGUCCACCUCCAUUGCUGUCUAUCCUGACAACUGUCAAUGACCCCACCAUUCAGGCGGCUAGUUGGUCGCGAUCAACAGCCCGCAGACCACAUAGAGCUAUCCGUAAUGUGUCCUCUGGCAUUUCCCGUCUUUUGUCUCGGAGAUGAUCAUGUCUAUACGUUGUUCCCAACCAGCCUGAGCCAUGCCACAGCGACAUACAGUGUGUCCAGUCGACCGCCGGGUCUGUGGAUGUCUUGCUCUACGCUUAACGCGCCAGUGGUUGAGGGUGCGUCUACUGGUCGUAUAAAUGUGUUAUUAGGAUGCUGCCAGAGGAGUUCCAGCAUUCCCUGCUACAAUCGAAUCCGUCGAAUCACCGUUCUUCGAAUAAGCAUGUCCUCCAACGAGCAUGGACCGCGCCAGCAGCUCAAUAAUCAUCUCCAACGCAAUGGUCUCAUGAAUUCACUAGUCUGGGAGACGACCAAAACAGGUUCUGGACGUAAUAUUGCGUUCACUGCAAAGGCAUACAUAAACGGUGUAGAACAUGGAACUGGCACUAGCGCGAACAAGGGUGAGGCUAUGGACCGAGCGGCAACGCAGACGUUGCUUGUUCUGCGGGGUUAGUCCAGAUGCCUGUAACUUGGAUGCCCAGAACAGUCAGUGCACCUCGCAACAUAUACGAUGCACGUAACCUCAGAGAAGGUCUCAAUAUCGUUCCGUAACUGUGCAUGCCGUAUUCUAUCCAUACAUAAUUCGUUU